ACCGGCCCCUCCGUGAGGGGCACCGAGGCGCCUUGCACCUCCGUGAGGGGAACCGACCCCUCCGUGAGGGCAGCCUGUUCCAGUUCCUCCUUUUUCCCCCUUGUUUUUCAUCUUUCAUAGCAUCACAUUUCUGUUCACAGCCUGUACAAGUUGGUUACCUGAUCCUCUGCUGUACCUGAGCCUCAUUGUUGCAGCUUUUAAUAACUGAAUAUCUAGAGGACCUCUAAAGGUGCCUUUGAGGAAAGAACUGACAGGAGUCAGUAUUCCCAGCUCAAAAUGGGCAACAAGCAAACCAUUUUCACUCAAGAGCAACUGGAUGCAUAUCAGGACUGCACAUUUUUCACAAGGAAAGAAAUUCUCAGGUUGUUUCACAGGUACCGAGAUCUGGCCCCACAGCUCGUUCCCCUUGACUACUCGGACAGACCCGCCGUGACGCUCCCCUACGAGCUCAUCGGCAGCAUGCCAGAGCUCAAGGACAACCCAUUCCGCCAGCGGAUAGCAGAGGUGUUCUCAGAGCACGGCGAUGGCAAUAUGACUUUGGAUGAUUUUCUGGACAUGUUUUCUGUGCUAAGUGAAAUGGCUCCACGAGACUUGAAAGCUUAUUAUGCUUUUAAAAUUUAUGACUUCAACAAUGAUGAUUACAUAUGCAAAUCGGAUCUAGAGAAAACUGUUAACAAAUUAACCCGGAAUGAACUAACCCCAGAAGAAGUCAGCCUUGUGUGUGAUAAGGUGAUUUACGAGGCUGAUGUGGACAAUGAUGGCAAGCUGUCCUUGGCAGACUUUCAGCAUAUGAUCGUACGAGCUCCAGAUUUCCUCAGCACUUUUCAUAUUCGAAUCUGAAUCUAGUCAGCCAUGGGGAUGGGAGUGCUUUCAGCAACUGUUACUACACCUGAGAUUACCAGCCACGAGAGCACAAGCUGAGAGGGGCAAAGAGGACAACUGCUGGUAACUGAACCACUGAGAACUGUCUUUCAUUUCUCUCUUUAAAAGGAACAAUUCAUUAAGCUCUUCAUCAGGAUUUCCCUGUAAUUUAGCAAAAUGUCUACUCCCCACCCUCAGCUAGAACAAACCUGGCCUGGACAGUCAGAAGGGCUAAGUAUUUUUUAAAAGUUCAAAUACCACCAGCAAGUAAAGAAACGUGUAUCAAACUAUAACCUCUAAAAAUUCACUCAAAAAUGCCUUAACCAGUAAAAAAAAUCCCUUUAGUUUCAAAACCAUAAGUGACUCCUCUGAUUAUUUAUAGUCUUAAUAAAUGGUCCAAUGAAUCAAUUCCUGAAGUAUUCUCCCACAGUACAGGAUGAAAAAGUACAAUGAAAAAGUCAGCAUAGUUUAGAAACAAGAGUCCACCCCAGGUCCUGUCCCUCUUCUCCAUUUUCAGAAAUCCCCUAUUUUCCACACCCACCAGGGUCCCUACACACAAAUGAUGAAAAGGACUGAAAACUUAAGUUAUUAAAAUUCUCUUUUCAUAAGAAGUUUAUUUAUGCAGUGCUUAGGGUCCUGUACAAGAGAGUAAAAACAGACAUACUGUAAUAAACAAGAGUUUUGUUUUAAUACAAACAUGAAAAUCAAUGAGAAGUGUUUAAGAAAGCAGUUGUAAUGUGGGAAGGGUGGCAGCCAAAAGUGAUCAUUUGAAAAAUACAAUUUACAGUUAUUUUUACAAAUUUUGGGAUGCAUUAAAUUCCCUUCAAAACAAAGUCCUAAGUCCCAAUUCACACUCAAUGUAGAGCAGGUCAUUCCUGCAGAAAAGGCUGGAGAGACCAGUUAACCAGCCAGUUACCUUUAUUAACCACAGAAACUUCAGGGAUCAGGGAAGGAUGGGUCAGGGAAUAAGGCAGCCUGGAACACUCAGACUGCAGUUACCAUUCACAGUCCUUUGAACAGAUCUUUAGUUAGGCUAGAAAUGAAGACACAAGUUAGUCAUCAUUCUUCCCCAGGCCCUACAACUUCUACAAGUACAAAGGAGCCCAUCCUCACACAGCUCUUUGUGCAUUCCCCUGGCAAGUCCAAGAGAACAAGAAAUCAUGGCAGUUUUGAGCAUGAUCAUCAGCCAAACACACCACCACAAUAACCCCUUAG